UCCAGAUCGGAAUAUCUUCAAGUCUUGGUUCCGCUGAUUGCGCUGUUUGCCGGUCCACAGACGGGGGGCUCAUCGCCAUCCAUGGGAACGGGUGGCGAGCAUCGCAGAUCCGCGCAACUCUUUUUUUCACUGUUUGGCAUUUUUCGCAGGCGAGCAUUCUGACUUGUGAUCGAGAGGGAGACUCGGACUGCAGCAGCCUUCCAAAAAAAGCUCCUCUCACAUGGAGAUUGGCGCUUCGCUCGCACUGCAAAUCUUCCAUUACGGGAACCAGGGCCCUGCUGAUUUUGUCUUCAACGCUCCCAGUUUGUAUUCACUCGAUAAAAUGCCGGAUUCCAGGACAGCCACCAUGACAGGCAUCGACCACUUUAUGGCCGCCUAAACAAUGGAAGAAUGGAACAUGGUCCACUCGGACUGAAUGUCCCCUGCCUCGACCGUGACAUUGGUAAAGUUCUGCCCAAGAAAACGUAACCAGCAGAUGAACUAUGAAUGCUGAACAAAAUGAUCUCCUCGUUCCAGCGCCAGACAAUGAGAAGUCGUAGGCUAAAGGGGGCGCUGUCCAACCCCCUCUUUGUGCUACUCCUGGCCCUUCAGAUCUUGGUGGUGGCAGGGCUAGUUCGUGCACAGACCUGUCCUUCUGUCUGCUCGUGCAGUAACCAGUUCAGCAAAGUUAUAUGCACCCGCCGUAGUCUACGGGACGUGCCAGAUGGUAUCUCGACCAACACCCGUUACUUAAAUCUCCAGGACAACCUCAUACAGGUGAUCAAGGUGGACAGUUUCAAACAUCUGCGCCACUUGGAGAUUCUGCAGCUGAGCAAGAAUCACAUCCGCAGCAUUGAAAUAGGCGCCUUUAAUGGACUGACAAGCCUGAACACCUUGGAGCUCUUUGAUAACCGACUCACGACAAUCCCCAAUGGAGCAUUUGAGUAUUUGUCCAAGCUAAAGGAGCUGUGGCUUCGGAACAACCCCAUUGAAAGUAUACCAUCCUAUGCCUUCAACCGAGUCCCCUCCCUUCGAAGGUUGGACUUAGGUGAGCUCAAACGUCUCUCCUACAUUUCAGAUGGAGCCUUCAAGAACUUGAGCAAUUUGCGCUAUUUGAAUUUGGGAAUGUGCAACCUGAAGGAGAUCCCAAACAUCUUACCACUGGUAAGGCUGGAAGAACUGGAAAUGUCUGGAAAUCAGCUGACCAUCGUCAAGCCUAGCUCAUUUACAGGAUUGGUCAACCUCCAGAAGCUGUGGAUGAUGCAUGCCCAGAUCCAAACGAUUGAGAGGAAUUCCUUUGACGACUUGCAGUCGUUAGUGGAGCUCAACCUCGCUCACAACAACCUUACCUUCCUUCCACAUGACCUCUUCACUCCCCUGCAUCGUAUGGAACGGGUCCACCUUCAUCACAACCCUUGGAAUUGCAACUGCGAUAUCCUGUGGCUCAGUUGGUGGCUAAAGGAGUCAGUACCCGCCAAUACAAGUUGCUGUGCCCGUUGCAAUACCCCUAUGCUCUUUAAAGGUCGCUACAUUGGAGAAUUGGAUCAUAGCUACUUCCAGUGUGAUGUUCCCGUCAUCGUAGAGCCACCCUCCGAUUUAAAUGUGACAGAGGGCAUGGGGGCAGAGCUCAAAUGUCGUACGAGCUCCUUGACAUCCAUCAGCUGGCUCACGCCCAACGGCUCCCUGGUGACACACGGGGCUUAUAAAGUGCGACUCUCUGUGCUCAAUGACGGCACACUUAACUUUACCAGCGUCACGAUGCAAGACACCGGCACGUACACCUGUAUGGUCAGCAACACGGCAGGCAACAUCUCCGCCUCGGCCGUGCUCAACGUCACUUCUGUGGAGAACAGCGGGGUGACCUAUUUUACGACAGUCACAGUGGAGACCAUUGAGACCCCAGGUGACGAUGGCCACACUCCGCUGCCCCCAUUUGGUUGGGUGUCCUCCUCGACCACAAAAACCACCCCGGUUCCAACGAGGACCACGGAGAGGACUUACACCAUUCCGGUUCUCGAUUUGGAUGGAGAGGGAUCCCUCAAUGGGCUGGACGAGGUGAUGAAAACAACCAAGAUCAUCAUUGGCUGCUUUGUGGCCAUCACACUUAUGGCUGCUGUGCUCCUCGUUAUUUUCUACAAAAUGAGGAAGCAGCAUAACCAACAGGAUCCCGAUGGCCCAGCCUCCUCUAUGGAAGUCAUUACCGUUGAAGAAGAGCUUGCAGGUGUUGCUGCUAUUGACAGACACCUAUCGCUGCCCCCGCUGGAGCACUACAACCACUACAACACCUACAAGAGCACUUAUCAUCACCCCUCCAUGCUCAGUACCAUGCACAGCUCUACCACACAGGAACAUUUAUUGAUUCAAGCCUGUUCAAAAGACAACGUACAAGAGACCCAAAUCUGAUCCUGCAUUUCACAUACUGUGAAACAUGGAACAUGAGCAGUUUUAGGAAAACAAAGGAAAAAAAAACACUGCAAUAUGACAUUAACACAGCAAUGACAGUGCUAAAUCAACAUUUGAAAAAGGGACCACCAUUGAUACUUUAUUAAGUGUCUUUCCAAAAACAAAGAUUAUUUAUUUAAAAACGAUGUCUGGUGAGUAAAGACAAAAACUAAUCGUGAUAGCUUUUUAGCUUGUUUUCCUUUCUCGUUUAUCACCGUCGCUCCAUCUCGCUGUAAUAUGGCACGAGGAAAAGAAUGGUUUGCCAAAUGUGAAUAUGGAAUGUAGAUCGAAUACGAGGUCAUUUCAUUUUGGUAUUUGCUCGCAGCUGUUAUGUUUUUGUGUGGGACACCGUUUCAGUGUUUACAAGGAUUCAUUUGCUCGUUGUUCAGCGUGCGAUGUCCACAUUGAGGCACCCGUCUGUACGAUUCCCACCAUGAGACGAGUUAAUUUUCAUAAUCAUGCUGUUCUAACCGCCAUUCAGGAGACUCUUUUGAUGGAAAAGCUUGUGAUGAUCUCACAGGGAAGCCUGUGUGUCUGAAGACGAAAGAAGUCAAAUUAGUGUAGGCGUAUUCCCCGUGGCGCCUAAUAGCAGCCAUAUAGAUCAUCUCUUUGUAAUAAACUGAGUAGCACCCCCAUUGACUUAUGACUUAAACUUCAAUUCUUAAUUAGGUCCUCCUGUUCGUUUUCUCCCGUUUAUCAAUCUGCCCACAUAAUCCCUCCCCUUCUCGUUUACUCCGUGUCCUCAUGGUUGUCCUUCUCGGGCUGUCACCGCUGCUUAAUUCAGGGACAUUCCCCACCCCUUGCCAUGUCUCAUUUGUCUCGCGUUAGCCGUCGGCAUGUGUCACACGACGGCAGAAUAUUGCUUGAGAAAAUGAAGGGCAGCAUAAGGCAGCAGUCAGUAGUCUCCCUUUUAACCCAGUUAUGAUGUAUGUCCAUGCAGUGUUGCGUUACCUCGCCAUCACCCUGAGGUCACACAAGCUCAUGUGCUGAUAGUCCAUCUGUUGGUCCAGAUAAAGAGGCAAAUGAGGCAGCUUUGUAAUGUGGUGUGACCCUGUCGGACCAAUGCAGACAGGGCUAACAGACUCAGUGAAGCAGCAAGGGACCUGGCACAAAAAAGGGGAGAUGGGUUACGUCUCAUUAAACUGCAUCAGCACUUCAUUUGCAGACCAACAGUGGCAAACUGAUAACCAAACAGCAUUAGACUUUUUCGCCAUCGGUUUGCCGAGCAAAGCAGCGCUUAAGAACUUUGCUGUGGAAGCAAACCCUGCUGCUCUGUGUCAUUGUUGUCUGACAAAAAAAAAAAAAAAUGGAUACACGUUGAUGCUGCAUCAUUUAUAAUCCAUCAGAACAUUGUCGAGAUGCUAAUUCUAUUCCGUUUUUCUAAAAGGUAAAAGGAUCCAUAGUCGGUCUGUCAAGCAGGGAUAAACCCACGACGGUCAUGAGGGGUCUUCAAACAGAAAUCUAGAGGAUAUGAAGGAAAAGGAAUCAAAAAUAGAUAAGGUAUAAGGAGGCAAAACUAGCCAUCAGAUUGUCACCAUGGAAACGGUGACCUUGUGCAAAAACUAAGAUGUGGUAGAUAAUAGAUAUGCCUUUCACUUGUCUGUAAUGGUCGUCUGUUCAACAAGCUUAUUUUGAUUUCCCAGGGAAGAUUACACAGGACCAGCGAUUAUUUCAAACCAUGAAAUAAUGUAAUGGGCAUUUAAAGAUGGAAUAAUAGAAUUCAAGCAACAUAUGACAUCAUCAUCGCAGAGCACUCUGCAGCUUCAUGUUUUUAAAUGAAAUAAAGUGCGGCCUGAUUUGAAAAUGUGACCGCUUUAUAUUUACCGCUGCCCUUCCUUUCUUGAUUUUAAAUUCAGUAAGGGCUGCAACCAUAUAGCUUAUAGGAGGAAUAUAAUAAAGGCCCAUCGCUCAAAAACUCAUCUGCGUCUAAUCAGUUAGUCACGUGCAUUUUUUUCCCCAUUCAUUCUCAGCAACACAUUUGAUGGAAGCAAAA